CGUCUCUCUCCUUAUACGGUAUGCGAUACUGUGCAGCAGCAACCUAACGAACUCGAAGCUCGCAGUUGACGAUGGAGGUAGCCACCAUGUCUUCGAGCUUUGCGGUCCACAAGCGCGUGCUAUCACUUCCGACUCCUUCCCUUUCGGUGAGCUCGAGCAGAGCUCAAGCUGCUUGCCCGCCCAGAGUUUCCCUCUCGACCAGCUUCGUGUCUACUUUCCCGGGAGGCAGCGUCUGUGGAGAGGCUUUAGGCCAGAAAAUCCGGCCCAAGUCUCUCAAUCCGGCCACUGUCUCCAGGUCGAAGGGCAAACGAGGCGUUGUCACCAUGGUCAUUCCUUUCUCGAGGGGAAGUGCAUGGGAGCAACCUCCCCCAGACUUGGCAUCUUACUUGUACAAGAAUCGAAUUGUGUACUUGGGCAUGUCUCUUGUUCCAUCGGUCACGGAGUUAAUUCUUGCAGAAUUUCUUUACCUUCAGUAUGAAGAUGCUGAGAAGCCUAUCUACCUGUAUAUAAACUCCACUGGUACAACUAAGGGUGGUGAGAAGUUGGGUUAUGAGACCGAGGCUUUUGCUAUUUAUGAUGUUAUGAGGUAUGUCAAGCCACCUAUUUUUACUUUAUGUGUUGGAAAUGCAUGGGGAGAAGCUGCCUUGCUUUUGGCUGCUGGUGCAAGGGGAAACCGAUCUGCUUUGCCCUCAUCAACAAUUAUGAUAAAGCAGCCUAUUGCAAGAUUUCAAGGACAGGCCUCAGACAUUGAACUUGCAAGGAAAGAAGUGAAGAAUGUGAAGGCAGAAUUGGUUAAACUUUUCGCAAAGCAUAUCGGAAAAACUGAAGAACAGAUUGAAGCUGACAUACGGAGACCGAAAUAUUUCAGUCCUAGCGAGGCAGUUGAGUAUGGGAUCAUAGAUAAGGUUCUAUACAAUGAAAGAAGCUCUGAGGAUCGUGGAGUCGUAUCUGACCUGAAAAAAGCUCAGCUUAUUUGAGUGCAUGGAAUUCAUUUUUUACUUCUGUGGAGUCAGUUUUGUAGGUGGAGCAGUCUUGUGAUGUGUCGAGAAAACAGAUGGCAAUGGAUAAGCAUUACGCUUCCACUGUGACUGAUUGAAGGCAACAAGAUGUAGUGAUGGCUCCUCCAGUCGUGCAGAGAGUACGAUCAUAGACGUAAUGGUGUACACUUGCUGUGUAUGUAUGAAAGCCUUUUGUCAUGUGGCAUCUGAGUGAUUUUACCUCAGCAGAAGGUAGCUAUGUAUUGUACUUCCUAUGUUGAUUUUCCUCCUAGGCAGUAGAACUCCGGUUUUUCUCCUGCCACUUGUGCUACCAUUUUAUUCUUUCCCGUUGUAACAGGAUGAGCUGGGAUCAUGAAUAAUUUCUCGGUUACACUUCAUGACUGCACAUUCUGAGUGUUGGCAUUGAAAUGUCACGCGGGUUUCAGUAUCAAAGCAUCAAGAUAUUGUAAAA